UCCUUUAGAAACAAGCCACUUCACACUUCCUCAGACUGAGGACACAGCUGCCACCCUCUCUUCUCCUCAGACCAGAUCAGAUACUGGCCCCAACAAGCCAAAAUCGAAUUUCUCUUCCACCGAGCGAGAAGAGAAUGGAGACAGUGGCGGCAGUACGAACCGCCUCCAUCUCCCCGGGACCAGUUUUGAAAAGCCUUUUUUCUUCUCCCAAACUAAAUGGCCUUCUGCGGCCAGUAACUCUCUUAUCUGCAAUAAGUCUCUCUUCACGGUUGGGCGUACUGGCUCUGCGCGCACCCAGGAGCGAGGCUUACGAGAACGUUCACCUGGGGGGGGGGCGUUCAUAAAGGUCCCAAGGGAUCGAGCCUCCUGAUGAAACAUCCCGGCUGUGCUCACACUAAGGACUUUCUAGCCCAACUCGCCCAUAAGAAAAGCAACUCGAAAUCAUGUGGAGACAAGAAGAGGCGCUUUUCUAAGAGGCCCAGUCAGUAAUCCAUGCUGGAGCGGAAGGGUUUCAGGCACCCCGAGGAAAGUGAAUGAGUCCGUAACUACACCGCCUCCAGUCUCUUGAAAAACUCAGCUGUGACCACAGUACUUUUAGACACCCACGGAAAAUUACGUUAAACAGCCAAAAAUCGUAACAGAAACCACAGACUGAGCAGCGGAUAACGCCACACACAUCCGUCACUUCCGUUUCCGACCAAGCCACGCCCACGACGUCACGUUCCGCCGGAAAGUGCGUCAUCAACCGCGACGCAGCCUGGGUGUUUGCUGCCGUGGACCAUGGCGGAAGUCGGCCGAAGGAAGGUGUGCGACCCGGGCGCGCUGCUCCCUGGGGGUUUCUGGGCAGCGGUGGCAGUGUGGCUGGAGAGGCCGCAGGUGGCCAACAAGCGGCUGUGCGGCGCCCGCCUGGAGGCCCGCCGGAGCGCCACUUUGCCCCGGGCCGAGGCCCGCAGUCCUAGGCUGAGCCCAGGCCCCGAGCAGGAGCGAGGAGCGGCCUCAAGCGGACCCCAGCAGGGACCCGAACCUGGUCGGAGUUCUGUCGAGGGGCAUCCCCGUCCCAGGCCGGGAUUAGGACCCGAGGAGGGCACAUCUUGUCGCAGACUUGAAGAGACCCAGGGCCAACGCCAACAGGGGAAGAAGCAGAGAGAAGUAGCCGCAGCACCUGUGCUCGCCGAGCAGCCCUACAGGUCUGGAGGCGGGGGGAAAGACGACCCUGCCGCUGUUCUAGAUUCGCUCUGGGACCGUUUUUCCCGAAGUCUCCUCUGUGGCCGUCCGGAGAUGCUGUCAUUCCUCACGCGCUCCACAGCAGGAUCGCAGUCAAAGGCACCUCGCAAGCUCGACCUGGUCCUCAGAACUGUCAUCCCGAAAACGAGCACGCAUUCCUUGGUUACAGCUCCGAGGAGAGAAAUGGUCGUGCAGGAUGUCCCCAAUGGAACGGUAACUUUCUUUCCUCUGGAAGAAGAUGAUGAGGGGAAUGUAGAGGUUAAGAUGAGCAACGUGUAUCAAAUUCAACUCAGUCGCAGCCCCGUGGAAUGGUUCAUAUCUGUUUUGAUUUUCUGUCCAGAGAAGUGGCAUUCGGACGGAGCUAUCUGGCCCCGACCCGCCUGGCUGGGAGAGGAGCUGCUGGGCAGGCUGGCCCGGUGGUGCGUGGCCCACAAGAAGAGUGAGUUCAGAAGCACCCUCUCCCUCGUCUCCAUCGAGAGGUACAGUGUGCUGUACCAGGAGCUCAAGGAGAAGUACAGAGACAUGGUUAAGGUGUGGCCCGAGGUAACUGACCCUGAAAAGUUUGUAUACGAAGAUGUGGCUAUUGCUGCGUACCUGCUGAUCCUGUGGGAAGAGGAGCGAGCCGAGAGGGGCGUGAGCACCCCACAGGCCUUUGUGGACUUGGGGUGUGGGAACGGCCUCCUGGUCCACAUCCUGUGCAGUGAAGGGCAUCCAGGUAGAGGGAUCGAUGUGCGAAGAAGGAAAAUCUGGGACAUGUAUGGACCCCACACGCAGCUCGAGGAGGGUGCCAUCGCCCCGAGCGACCGGACCCUCUUCCCUGCCGCGGACUGGCUGAUCGGGAACCACUCUGACGAGCUCACGCCCUGGAUCCCUGUCAUUGCGGCCCGGUCUUCCUACCACUGCCGGUUCUUUGUGCUGCCCUGCUGCUUCUUUGACUUCGCCGGCAGGUACUGCCGCAGGCAGAGCAGGAAGACGCAGUACCGAGAGUACCUGGACUUCAUCCAGGAGGUGGGCGAGGCCUGCGGCUUCCAUGUGGAGGAGGACUGCCUUCGGAUCCCAUCUACCAAGCGGGUCUGCCUCAUCGGGAAAUCCAGGACCUACCUGCCUGGCGCAGAAGUGGGCAUGGAUGAGUGGAGGACGCAGUACAUUCGCAGCCGGCAGGGGCUGGCUGGCGGGGACGCCCCCUGUCCUGUACCCCAGGUCUCUGCCUGCAGUGCCGCUCACCCGGAUGGCAGCAGAGCAGUGGGCACCGGGGUUCGGUGUGACCUGGAGGUCUCGGAGGCCCGGGCCGAGGGACUCUGGCUGCCCACCUUCCAUGCUCGGGAAAAGGCUGUGCCUGUGAGGAACUGUGCCGCCCUCCCUCGAGACUUCAUCAACCAGGUGGUUUUGCAAGUAGCAAACUUGUUGUUAAGCAGAAAGAAGUCACUCACAGGAGGUCCUCAGGAGGGGACUUGCAGGACCUGCAAUGGAGGAGAGAGCCUGUCUUUGGCAGAAGUGGCACAGCAGCUGGACAGGGCGACCCUGCGGAGGCUGAAGAGCGAGUGUGGAGGCCUGCAGACGCUGCUGCGCAACAGCCACCAGGUGUUCAAAGUUCUGGACGGCCGUGUCCACAUCCGGGACUGGAGGCGGGAGCUGCAGAGGACGGGGUGCUCAGAAGCCAAGUGCGGACCACGUUCGGAGGCCUUCAAGACCCGAAUCUGCUGGUUCUUCACGCACCACCCCGAUGGCUGCGUGCUUCCUUCCACCAGCUGCCCGUUUGCCCAUGGGCCCCAGGAGCUGCGCCCGCCCCGGCCCCACAAGAAGAGGCAGGCACCGUGAGCCGCCUUCCGCAGAGCCAGGCCCUCCCGAGGUCGCUGGCCUCCCCGUGCAGGAAGCACGUGCCGUGGGAGUGGCCUCUUGGUGUGGGCGGCGCGGCUCAGCGCGUUUCCCGAGGGGACCUGGAACAGAGCACCCUCCGGGCCUGCCGGGCACCAUUCUCCUGGGCCCUGCCAUGACAGUGAGGCCCAGAGAGCAGGCCAGAGCUGCAGCCCCGCACCUGGUCACUGUGGGCCCAGACUGAGCUCCAGGCUGCCUCCUCCCUGGCGACUCGGCCCCGAGCUGUGCUGGUUGUUGACUUCCAGAAAGAAGCCCUGUGCAUUUCCACUUGAGGUCGUCGCAUGCGCUUGACACUCUGCCGCCUCGUCCUGGGGCCUCCCUGCACGUCUACGUCUGUGCCUGACAAGGGCGGGCUCCAUGUCCCUUGGGGAGGAGGAUCAGCUCGCAGGAGGUUCCGUGAGCUCCUGGCUCUGAGCAGGGCUCCAGGGUCCCCAGAUGGCCCUGUGGGGAGGCCACCACCCUGGGAUUCUUGACUCCCACCUGGCCACUGCUGUCCUCCAGGGACACCUGGUACAGGGUGGCCUUUCGGGAGCAGCCAGGAGGCCUGUGAUGUGGGAGCCCCAGCAGAGAGAUGGAGCGGGCCCUGUGACCCACCAUACCUGGGCCCUCGGCCACCUCACACGGGAAGGACCUGUCCUGGGAGCUGCAGGCCUGUAUCUUGCUGCCUGACUCAUCCAGGCGAUGCCUUCAGGAGCAGCCCAUGCCCCUGGUAUUUAGUCCCUGAGGACGGGUUAUGGGGGACGGAACUGGGUCGCCUUCUCACAGGGCUGCCAUAGGUCCAGGCUGCCAGCCUCUCCAAGUGCGCUGGUGUCCAGCUUGCAGGAGAUGGGGGCCUGAGCCCCAGGGGCCCUGGAGCUGAGGCUCCCAGCACCGUGCAGGGCUGUCCCCAUGUCCGUCUGUUGCUCUUGCCCGCCGUGCACCAGUUCCUAGUGAGGGAGCCUAGGGAGAAUCCCAGCGUUGGGAUUGCAGGUUCACUUUGUCCCUACUGCUGGUGACGUCGGCUGUGGCCGUCAGUCCCGGCUCCUGCUCCCAUGCUUUAGGGUUUGGAGCAGCCAUGUGGGGUGGUGAGUGCUCCCCAGGGAGGCCAAGAUGCCACGGAGAGCUGGGCCUGGCUGCCUGUCACAGAUGGGGGUCAGGGGCAGCAAGUCCCCUCCUCAAGCCACGCUGACCUGCAGCAUCCGAGCCGGAGCCUGGCCAAAGGACAGGAUGAGCUGGAGGAAGGGCUGGUGCUGGCCACGCCCUCCCUGUGAGCAGGGGCUGGGGCUCCUUGCCUGGGCAGUUCUAGCAGCAGAGGCUGAAGCAGAGGGGUCUCCGUCCAACCCCUACUUCCCGGGAAUCGGUGCUCCCGCUCUUCAGGAACCUGGCAGAGCCCCGAGGAGCUAAGAGCAAAGCCGCUGCCAAGCAGGCAGAGGCGAGACCUUGCUCAGAGCCAGCGGGCCUUGCAGCCAGUGGGCGGCGCCACCUCCACACCCAUUUGACCUAGUUUAGCCUUGGGUUCUGGCUGUGUGCGUGCUGGGGCCCCUCGUGACCCGGCAGGGCCAGGGACGCCAGCCAAGUGCUGUGUGUGCGCUUUCCUGGCGGGCGGGAAGCGGGCGCCGGGGCUGGGGGUGUGGAGCCAUCUGGCUCAGGAGCACAGCAGCCAUGUGCCCUGGGCUCCAAAGGGAAGCAGCUGCCGCCUGGCUGGCUCGUCCCUCCCAUCUGUGCCUCUGCCCUGGACCCACAGGGACCCUCUGCAGUGAGGGGGGCUCCCCGAGACAGCGGGGUGUGCACUCUUCAGCGCAGCCAGUGGCAGGCGGCACCUGACAGCGUGUGUCCGUGCCAGCCUCCUGCCUGCUGGGCCCACAGAGCUGGGGUGGAGCCAUGCUUUCCCAGAAGCAGGGCCAACUCCAAGCAGCCAGCCUGGCCCUCCUGUGGGAAACAGCAGGAAGACAGAGGAGUCCCUUGCAGGGGCUGGCAGUGCCCAACCCGCCAAGAAUGCUGCAUCUGAGAGGGGCUCCUGCUGGAGCAGCACAGCCCAGGGCUCUGGACAGUCUUCCCUCCUGCCUUCCCUCCUUUCUGUUUCUUUCCCCUCUCCAUUCUAGGGCAUAUAGGGGGUUGAAAUGGGCUGCUGGGGUCUAGGUCCUGAGGAGCAGUAGGAGGGUGCAGUGGGGUGCACCCGAGACCCUGGGUGUCGGGCUGACCCUGGAGGCGGGUGCUAGGGGAGGUUGGUGCAAGGGGGAGGAUGGACAGUCCCGCAUGGUCAGUCACGGGACCACAGACCCUAGGAGCCCCAGGCACAAGGCAAAAGUGCUACUCGGUUCACGAACUUAGUUUUUCCACUGUGCUGGUCACAGAAUUAAGUUCAUGAACUGAGGAGCCACUGUACUGGAAAAUCAAAAAUAAGUGUCCUUCAGUUAGCACUGUCAGUAAAUAGGCAGCAAAGCCCAAGAGCGGUACGGGGCACGCCUGUGAUCCCGGGUCCUUGGGAGACUGAGGCAGGAGGACUGCAGGUUCAAGGCCAGCCCGUGCAACUUGGGAAGAAGCUGUCUCAGAAAAAGUGGUUUGCAGACUCCUGUGGACAGCAGUCAGAGAAACGGAGCCUUGGAGACAGCUGUAGGACAGAGGUGAGGACGCGGGGCUCUCAGCCUGUUCUGCGUUCGAGACACUACGUGGACUUGGUCAUGCCAGGUGAGGGUCCCGAGAGCAGGAGGGCCCCACAUCAGGCCGGACGUGGCCCGGCGGGCUUCUGCAUGGGGCUGCAGGAGUCCACUCCCUGCUGGCCACUCUGCUGCCACGUCAGCUCCACGUUGGGCUGUGCACUGUGCCUUCCAAAUCCACCAGCAACACGGCAGCUUCCUCGGUGCCGAUUUACUCCUCGCCCUGCCCACCGUGUGCCCAACUGCUAGCUUGCUGCUCCGUUGUCCGUUUAACCUUCCAUCUGCCUAGGGCCCUCCUGUUCGUCCUUCUGCCCUUCCAGAGGCAGCCACCCACCCACCCGGUCACCCGACUGGCCUUCCACUCGUCCAUUUGUCCCCCCAGCCAUCCCCUGCCCAUCCGUCCUCCUGCCAUCCCGGCGUGCCUGCUUGUGCAUUGGUGUAAGUUCACCUAUGAGCACAUGGGGUCGUGUGUGGCACCACACACCCGUGUGCUUGGUUGUAAGGGGUUUUGUCACGGGCUCAACCCUCUGCUGUCAGCCCGUUCGCAGGUGGCAGCGGGGAGGAAGAUGGAUGUGUGGGGAGCAGGGCAGCCUGGAGCCCACGGGGACUGCUGAGUCUAGCUCUCGGUGACAGGGCACCCUGCAGAUGCCGCCCCUCAUCAGCCACUCGGGUGGGAAGCAGGUCCUGGGAAGGGGGCCUCGCAGCUCUGCCAGCCCCACCCGCCCCAGAGCCAGCACAGCCCCCUGGAGCCUGGGACAGGCAUGGCCCUGCCCCGUCCUGCGUGUCUGUCCUCCUGACGGGGCCCUACACGUGGUGUCUGGUUCCUUGUUGGGACGGGGCAGGCCUGGUGUGGGAUGGUCACCCACAGCCCUGCCCAGCUCAUACCUGUCCCCUCUCCCAUGGGGGCUCCCCGGGGCCACAGCUCCCUGGGCAGUGCAGGCCCAGAGUGGACAGUGACUCUAGAUCACAACGCCCUGCUGCUGGCCGGAUCAUCACAUUCUCUGCCCUGGACGUGCAUGCCGGGUGCCGGCCCUGUCCCGUGCAGCUCAUGUUGGGCCUAAUGUGGGUGCGGAGCGCCUUCCGUCACCCCGAGCUCAGUGUGGUGCAGCUGGCCUGAGGACUCAGUUCCCCAUUCUCCCCUUGGGUGGCCAGCAGGCACUCACACCUGUCCCUGCAGGUGGCUCAGCCCUUCUCACUGCUCUGGGUACUGUGGUGAUUUUGGAGGCCGCUCCCCAAGGUUCUCUCCUGCCCGCUGGAGACUCCGGGACCUUAGGCAGAGACUGCACAUGACACAUGGUCCCCAUCUCUGAGGCCGGCGUGGUUGGCUGUGUAGCUUCCUCUAUGGGGCUGCCCGGCUCCCCCCACACGACCUCACUGCUGGUCCCGGGCAGGGGCAGCUCUCCCAGAGGGCUGACAGCCCCGGGGGAUGUCGGUGGCUGCCUGGCAGCCUGUGGGAAGCAGGAAUCCAGCCUGUGGGACCCGCCUUGGAGCAGUGUGACUUGCAGGUUAUCUCCCCAGCAGAUGCCUCCCUGCAUGGUGCUGGAGGAGAGAUCUGGUCCUCACAGGGGUGGUGAGAGCCAGAGGAAGUGAGCAUGCUGGCUGGGCUGCGAGGUGGGGAAAGGAGGCCGGGUCACAGGACAGCGUGGCCCAAGGGACAGGUCAGCCUAAUGACCCCUCCAUCCUGGAGCCGAUGACGGGGAGAGUGGCCUGGCCAGAGUCAGAGCAGCUGGGCGUCCUUAGGGGCAGGCGACCUGGAUCCUUGGUUUACUUGCGCCCCGAGUCAAUCCCAGGUCCUUGGGGAUCUGAACAUGAACAGUAAAGCUGUAACUCAGUGGGAACAGCAGUGUCCUCUCCAGGACCCGAGUCUGGUCAGAAGGUCAAGGCCGGCAAGCUUGACUCGAACAGGAUUCCCAGCAGCCACCAGUGGCCCCCGGGACAGGAAGGAGAGGCGGGCAGGUGGAGGUGUGAGUGUGGGUGCCCCAUAGCCGGUGCUCCUGGGCCACAAAUCAGCAGGAGACGGGGAGACUAAAUAGGGGAGAAUGCUCAGAUGACCGGCGGGCACGGGGCGGUGAUGGCAGGCAGGAGGGGGGCCCUGGUGUGACAUCCCUGCACCCUGCUAGCACCGAGAUCACCGAACGUGACCACGCGCUUCCCUGAGUGGCUGCCACUCCUGCACCUUGGCCGGAGCUGAUGGGAACCCUUGGUUUGAGCCAAACCUGGGCACCAGCGGCAGCCACUCUGUGACUAAGUCAUCCCCGGGCUGCAUGUCCAGUGGAGACUCCCGCUCCGUGCUCUGCACUCAGCCACACCUUUCCCAGCCUGCAACCCCUUUCCUGCCAGGAGCCUUAGACCCAGGCCCCCCGCUGUGCUAGGCCUUGUCCCCCAUCCGAGAGGGUGGCGGUGGUGCACACGGAACAGCACAGCUGCUGGCAGGUGCGGCCUGGCCCGUCCUGCAGUGCCAAAGCAGCUUCCAGAGCAGCCUGGUUACUCCUUGCCGCUUCCGGACUGGGCAGGAAGUGGGGAGAGGCUCUGCAUGGGCGGAGUCUCCCAGGUCACUGUGGGGGGACAGCAGGGCGGGAGGGAGCGAGCCUAGCACUGCCUCCCUCCUGACCCCACGUGAUGGGCGCAGCCUGCCACCCCGCCAUGACCGUGUUUGCACCUGGUGCUGCUGCCACCAGUUCUCCCCAGGUAGAGGCGGAGCGUGCAGGUGGCUGCCCAAGUCCUUGGUGCAGUGACUUUCUAGACACUUGCAGCCCACUCAUCCCUGGUGGUGGCCCUGGCUCCGAGGCACAGGACCCUCGUGUGGCGCAAAGAGGGAGGACAAAGCCUGCGCUGGGCAGGCAGCUCCCGUGGGCUUGGGGUGCUGGCUGCUGUGUCCUGACUGUCGCCUCCCCGCAGGCGCUCAGUCCCUUCCAGUCCCAGGCCUUUCUCCCCUGACGUUGGGACCAGCGGGGGUGAAGGUGGCGCCGGUGACCCAUGUGCCAGCCCUUGCCUGUGUGCCCAAGAAGCCUGGCUGGACGCUUCCUGCCUUGGCCUGUGUGAGGCGGGUGCCUGCUUUCAGAGAGGAAGCUGUGGGGAGCCCUGCACCGGGCAGUGGGCACAGUGACAGAAUGAGGAGCCCCCUCCCAGGCUCCCUGCACUCCCCCCAGCCUGUGCCAGGACCCCAGGGUGAGCCUGCGAGGCCAGGCCCCAGGCUGGUGCCCGGCACAUCCCCGGGGCAGGCAGCCGCGUCAGCACCAGGCCCAGGGCCAGGACUCGGGCGGAGAGGGGGAGCAGUGUUCCCUGCACAGCCAGAAGGAGAAAGUGACUUCCAAGAACAGAGCUGCAAGUCUUCUGCCGGGAAGGGAGGUCGGCCCACUCAGCGCACACGGGGUUAGGGUUCCUGUGUCUGCGCAGCGCGGCCUGUGCCCACCCUGUCCCCAGCUGGGCUCUGGGAGUAGAGUUCCCGGUCCGCGGCCACACAGCUCUGUGUAUGGUAUCCCCUGAGAGGAGCUGUGCAUUCAGGGCAGCAGGGAGAGGCCAGAGGGUGCCCCGGGCCUCAGGGCUGGCACAGCGGACCUGGUCCCUGGUGCCAUUGUGAGUAGUGUCCUGCAGCUGGCCUUUCCCAACCCCGCAGCUCUGGCCCAGGCUGCACCACACCUCUCGGCCAUGCAGACAGGAGACUGCAGGUGCUUGGGCCACUACAGACCCAGGGCCUCCUCCCAGGUCUUCCCAGGUGCAGGGUGGGCCCCUCUGUCCCAGCUUCCCCAUCAGGAACAGGCCUGGCCAUUGUCCCGGAGGCCUGCAGCCCCGGCUCCCCUGCUGGCCAGGCCCCUUCCGGCUGUCAUGGUGCUGCUGGGCACUGUGGCCACUUCUCAAAGGAGCACGCAUUUGUCCGUGUGUGCAGCACAUCUGUGCAUGCUCACGCAUGUGCCCGGCCCAGGGCAAGUGUGAGACGCUGGCUGUGAGGAGCACACGCGAGCCACUUGCCCCAAGGUGACCUGGUAGCCUGUGAUCUCCUGUCACCCUCCCUCUCUGCGUGUCUGCCCAGCAUGGCCUCUCACUUUGUGUGUGACCCCAGGAGGUCCUUUUGGGGGACUCAGUCUCCCCAUCUGUGAAAUGAGAUCACUCGGCUCUGGUUAGAGAAGGUGCCCCAGCUCCUGCUGGGAGCUCACUCUAGGGACAGAGGGAUGUGCUGGGGACAGAGUGGGCUGGGCCAGCUCCCAGGAGACAGGCUGGGGGGGAGACGGGCGACACUACCUGAAGUGGACUCCUGGAAAGCUCCUUAACGGGAACAGCGCGUGCUCACCCCUUUCACCACCUCCUUUCCCCCCUUACCUGGAACACAAAUGUGGUUGAGCUUCAGCAGCCAGAUUGUGACCAGUAGUGUUCACACCAGCCCUGGACGACACCUCUCGACAUCUGCCUGGGAGAGUAAAGCACUGGUGUGCGUCAGGUACAGUGUCUGGUUUCCGUGUGCACUGCUAUCCCUGACUGGGAACCCAGGCAGGGUGAUGGUGCCGUGGAGGGGAAGAGAGGAGGUGGUUGGGGUCAGGGAUGAGGCGAGGUGGCUUCUGGUGAGCCUGUCGCCUGUGCUCCAGGUGUCUCUGCUACUAGGGGACUGGGCCAAUGACACCUGGCAACAGGGACCGGAAGUGGCCCAGGACAGGCGAGGAAGGCGGGAGCAUGCACCUCCAUUGGAGUCCCUGGAGAGCCGGGAUGGGCUCAGUGGGGAGGGGCGGUGACCAUGGCCCUGCCUCCGAGGGCGCAGAGGUUCUGCAGCCAGAAACCUCCCAGCAGGACGGAGGAGCCCUGUGGUUUCCUUAGCGAAUUCUGCCAAAAACCUGAGAAAGAGCAGCAUGGAUGCUUCCGGCUGCCCCCCACCCCCGGGAAGAGUGCGUCUCGGGCUUUCUGAGGCCAGCAGCCACACUCGCACUGGGCAGAUGCCCAGAGAACCACGGGAGCAUCCGCGUCAGCCCAGCUGGGAAAUCUCAAGCACAGGUUUCUCAGGUUGCUACCAGUAAAAAGUAAACCUGAUAAUGUUUCUUCCUUUUUAGUAGUGGGGCUUGAACUCAGGACCUUGGGCUUUCUACUGAGCUACGUCCCUGGUGUAAAUCUAAUGAUAUGAUCACAGCAGAUUCAUCAGGAGUGCAAGAUGGGUUGAACAUUUAAAAAUUGAAGUGAGUUAACCACAUUUGUAAGCUAAAAAUGAGAAAACCACACAUCUCAAUAGAUGUGAACAGGCUUUGAUGAAAUCCAACAUCUUUUUCUUUUUUUCUUUUUGGGGGAGUUUCUUUACCAGAGGGAUUCAUUAUGUAGCCUAG